ACGGGGAUCAACGGUAACUGAUGUUUCGGAGAUCUCAACCAUAAAGAGAACGUAUUUAUUGUUUUAAGACAAUUUGAAUAGUCAAUCAAAAUGUCGAUUGCAAUAGCCCAGGCCAGGCACAUUUUUGGUCUGAGACCUGGAGUUUCAGGGGCUAUUUGCUAUCAUGAUGAACAAACCAUUGUUUAUGCAUCAGGAGCCAACUGCAUCUUGUACAACACUGAUCAGAAAGUGCAGAAGUUCAUUCCUGGGACUGAUAAAAGUCAAGGAAUAACAGCUCUUGCAGUGAGCCCAAACAGGAGAUAUGUUGCAAUUGCAGAGAAGAGCGAAAAGCCAACUAUAACCAUCUAUGAUUUGCAUUCUCUACGGAAGAAGAAAGUUCUAACAUCACCAGAUGUUACAUCUGACGAAUAUGUCAGUCUUGCUUUCUCUCCAGAUUCCAAGUAUCUUGUAGCCCAAGGAGGAAAGAAAGAUUGGAUUUUACUGUACUGGACAUGGGAGAAGUCAAAAGUCAUGGCAACAGCCAAGACCUCAAAUCCACUGAAUACAGCAGAAGUUUAUCAGGUGAGCUUUAACCCUCAAGACAACACACAGCUGUGUGUAAUAGGUAAUGGCAUCUUUAAACACUUCCGCUACAGUGAAGGAAACCUCAAGCCAUUCAAUUUCAUGAAGAUGGAGGCCCAGAAUUAUCUCUGUCAUGCAUGGGUUUCAGAGGAACGUGUUGUUGUGGGAACAAGCACUGGUCAUCUGUUGCUGUUUGAAGCAGGAGAGUUAAAGAGUGAAUUUGUUCUUGCUGAAAAGAAAGAUGAAAAAACUGAAGAGGGUAUCGUAUCAGUUCCUGUACAGGUUACAGCAAUUGUGGCUUACUCGAAGGGCUACGCAUGUGCUUGUGGACCAGGGACAGUGCACCUUUUUGAGAAAACUGAUGACAAGGAUUCAUUCAAAAAAGCCAGAGAGAUCAAGAUACCCCCAGACAACAACAGUGCAGACCCAACUAAAGCCCAACAGCAGAUUAUCAAAUGUUUGACCGUCAGCCCAUCUGAGGAGAUUCUGGUAGCUAGCACUGACUGCAACCAGCUGUUUUACCUAACACUGUCCAGUGCUGAUCUCGGCAAGGGAGAUCAGGCCACAUUUGAAGUUUUAGCUCAGAGUUUCCACCAUGGUCAGAUUUUAGGCUUGGAUGUCUGUAUCAGAAAACCUUUGAUAGCUACGUCAUCAAUGGACAGAUCUGUCAGGAUAUGGAAUUAUGAAACAUGUAAUCUUGAACUGUACAAGGAGUUUGCUGAAGAGGCCUAUGGUAUUGCCCUCCAUCCCUCCGGCCUGUACAUCCUGGUCGGGUUUAGUGAUAAACUACGGCUGAUGAAUCUUCUCAUUGAUGACAUUAGGACAUUCAAAGAGUUCACAGUGAGAGGAUGCAAGGAGUGUGCUUUCAGCAAUGGUGGCCACUUGUUUGCCGCUGUUCACGGCAAUGUCAUACAGAUUUAUUCCACCACCACAUUUGAGAACGUGUCCAAUCUGAAAGGUCACAAUGGCAAGGUUCGAUCCAUCAUCUGGAGUUCCGACGACAGCAAGCUGGUAUCAUGUGGUGUGGAUGGAGCAGUGUAUGAGUGGGAGCCUUGCACUGGAAAGAGGCUGUCUGAGUGUGUACUCAAAUCCUGCAGCUUCACUGGUGUCGCCGUUACUCCUGAUGGCAAGACUACCUUCGCUGUCGGCUCGGACAAAACACUGAAGGAAAUUGCAGAUUCACAGAUUCUGAGAGCGGUUACAUCUGGUGAAAUGACGUUGAGCAAUCUGGCACUGUCUCGUUCAGGACGUAUGCUCUUCACUGGUACCGUGCGUGGCACCUUGUGGUCCAUGAAGUUCCCGUUGACUACACCUGGUGAAUGGCAAGAAUACCAAGGCCACAGCUUGGCAAUCACAAAGAUGAAAAUCACAUUUGAUGACCAGUACCUAAUUACAGUGUCAGAGGAUUCAACCAUUAUUCUGUGGAAGAUUCAGGACAAGGAAGGGCGUGGUUUAAAGCGUGACAAAGAAGUUGGGUGGGCAGAAGAAAUUCUCAUUACCAAAACUGACUUAGAGGAGAAGAACUCUAUGAUGGCUGAGCUGAAGACGCGGGUGGAGGAGCUGAAGAUGGAGAAUGAGUACCAGCUGCGACUCAAAGACAUGAACUACAACGAGAAGAUGAAAGAGCUCACCGAGAAGUUCAUCCAGGAGAUGGAGUCACUGAAAACCAAAAACCAGGUUUUGAAGACCGACAAGGAUAAGGAGGAAGCAAAACAUGAGGAAGAGAUGUCAGAAUUAAUGGAGAAGCAUGCUAAGGAAAUGCAAGAUCUUGAGUCCGCCAACAACCAGAAGCUGAUGCUUGAGUACGAGAAGUUCCAGGAGCAGCAGGCGAAGAUGAUGAAGAUGCAGGAGGAUUACGAGCGCCAGCUCACCGAGAUGGACGAGAGCAAACAGCAUUCACUGGAGGAACUCACCGAGUACUAUGAGACCAAGCUGCAGGAGAUGACCUCCAGGCUGGAACAGGCCAAGGAUGAAGCUAGCCAGCUAACUCGUGAAUAUGAGGAAACAAAACACCAGAUAGAAGAGGAUGCGGAUCGUGAAAUUCUCGACAUCAAGAACAAAUAUGAACGCCGAUUAAGAGAUGAGAAGGAAGCUAACAUGAGAUUAAAGGGAGAGUCUGGAAUUAUGAAGAAAAAGUUCACAAGCUUACAGAAGGAGAUUGAUGACCAUAAGGAGGAAAUCAAGAAACUGAAUGCUGAAACCAACAAGCUGAACAACAUCAUCAGAAAUCUGGAGAAGGACAUACAAGGCCUCAAGAAAGAGAUCCAAGAAAGAGAUGACACCAUUCAGGACAAGGAGAAACGUAUCUAUGACCUGAAGAAAAAGAAUCAAGAGCUGGAGAAGUUUAAGUUUGUGUUGGACUACAAGAUCAAGGAGCUCAAGAAACAGAUUGAGCCAAGAGAGAAUGAUAUUAAAAUGAUGAAGGAACAAAUACAGGAGAUGGAGAGUGAACUGGAGAGAUUCCACAAACAGAACACACAACUUGAACUGAACAUCACUGAACUCCGACAGAAACUCAAAGCUACAGACAAGGAAAUGCACCAAGAAAGACAGAGGGUGCGUGAUGUUGAGGCCAUUGUUCGCCGCUUCAAGACUGAUCUGCACAACUGUGUGGGAUAUAUCCAGGACCCUAAAAUGCUCAAGGAAAGCAUCAAAGCUCUCUACCAGAAACACGUGCAGGAAGAUAUUACCGAGUCAGCAAGUGUUGAUGCAGAUAUUCAGAAGGAAUACAGUCGUCAGCGUGAACAUCUGGAGCGAUCUGUGGCGUCACUGAGGAAGAAACUGGAAAAGGAUUCAGAAAUUCACAAAGCCGAUAAUGUUCGCAUCAUGCAGGAAAAUGUCUCCCUCAUUAAGGAAAUAAAUGAUUUACGCCGAGAGCUGAAACUUGCCCGUACCUCUAUUCAUGAUCUGGAAGCCGUUCUCGGAUUGCACAGCACCAACAACAAGAAAGCAGACACGGCAACACUGGCACAGCUGACCGCAAAGAACCCCAGUGCAAUGAUGGAGAGAGAUUUGGCAGAGAAAAACAAAGUGAUAGAAAUGCAGCGUUACGAGAUCAGUCGGUUACGAAGUGAAGCGACGAAUUUUGAAAGUGGUUCUAGGCCUCCCUCAGGAACAAAACUGCUGCCCAUACAGAGUUCAGCUUAGCUGGUGGUUGUAAAAAAGGAACAUGGUAAAGUUACUGAAUUUGGUCAGAACUGACAGUAGACAAUUUUGAAAACAAAAUGUAAACUGGUUUUUUAAAAUGUUUUGCCAAAAAUAGCAUUCUCAUCUAUCAAACAGUGGUUUUUCCUAUCCAAAGAGAAACACUAUUGCAGAAAGAUUCAUACUUUUUUAAAAAAAUGUUUAUGAGUCAUUUACAUCGUUUGUAUUUUUACACGAAUUAUGGUCAUGACAUGGUGGCUGCCCUUCUGGAAGAGAGUGGCGACAACUAGGUGAGCUUCACAGAGCUUAGGGAGUUCCUUAUUUUGUGACUUAUAAAAUUUUGAAUAAUUUAUCCACAAAGAUGCAAUUUUUUCAGAUUUAAUAACCAUAUUUCCAAUAUAAUCUCCCAAAUGUGUGCUAUAAGAAAUAUUUUUUAAAAUUCCAUUAUGUUUUUUUCUGUUGUUGAAAUGUUUUAUCAUGUAACUUUCAUAUAUAACUUAUUACAUUCAACAAAAAAAAACGCCACUUUUAAAAGUUAACAUAAAAUAAGUUGGGACUACCAUGACUACCGACAAUAACAGAAGCAGACUUGGUAGUGAGUGCAGUGCAUAGCAAUCAAAUCGGCUAAUUAUGGUAAACUAGUAUCCAACUAUUUUUGAAUACAUUUUUAUGUGACAUUGAAACACUCGGGAAAUAGUAACAUAAUUACAGUAUUAUUUGUUCAAGGUUGCUUUUCUGCCAGGUUAGUCAUUUAUAUACAUAUGUGGCUAAACAUUUUAUAGCACACACUUUUAGAUAGUUUUGCUUUAGAUAAAGUCCAAACACAAACUGUGAUAUUUUGUGAAUGUUUUUAUUAAUGUCUACAAUAAUUUAUGCAUUCCAUACUGUAUAUUUAAUGUGUUGUUUAUAUGUCUGUGACAUAGUACAUUAUUGUUGCCAAGAUGAAACAAACACUGGAAAAUAAUAGUUCCAAUAUUUAUGCCAAUGAUUUGAAUAAAGUAUUUUUCAAAAGAGAGUCUUCAUUACGAAAUAUAUGUACAUGUGUACUAGUGAUAUGCAUUCUUGAAUAUAUGGCAUGUUGCCCUA